UGUCAGGGCAGAGCAGCGCUGUGGUGUUGUUUAAAUGGUGGUAUUGUGCUGUGAUGCAGCAUCUCUACCCUGACUGAAGACAGGUGUGACGGGGAUGUAAAUAUUAUGAGAUGGUGACGUCAACAGCCGCUCCAGUCAGUAAAAAGACUCGAUCUCCCCCUCCCAGCUGCGCUGCUGCUGCCUGCUCCCCUGAGGCAGAGUUAAAGUCCUGCUGCUGUGCCCAGGAAGGCGCUCUGUUAGGACUAACACCAUGGGGGGAUUAGAUGCGCUCGGGCAGUUCACUCUGAUCAAAUGGCUCAGAGAGGAGCGACAGUCCAGGAAACUGAUUCUCUUCAUCGUUUUCGUCGCUUUGCUCCUGGAUAACAUGUUGUUGACGGUAGUCGUUCCCAUCAUUCCCAGCUAUCUUUACAACCUGGAUGAGUCAACUGAUGUGGAGAUAAGGAAUAACAGCUUGUUGCAACAAGUUCCUUCUGGGUCCUUCCACGCUAUUGUGUCUUUGUACGACAACGCUGUCAGGUUGUCGGGCUCAAACUCUACCAUCAGUACCGCUGACCUGGUUCCUCCCACCGCUGGUGGUGCACAGCUCUCACAGAAUUCCACUGACUGCCCUCAGUCUGCCAGCAAACUGCUCAAUGAAAAUGUCAAAGUAGGAAUGUUGUUUGCUUCCAAGGCCACUGUGCAGCUGCUUACCAACCCCUUCAUAGGCCCACUGACAAACAGAAUUGGAUACCAACUUCCUAUCUUUGUUGGCUUCUGUAUUAUGUUCCUGUCUACUAUCAUGUUCGCCUUUUCGUCCAGCUACACUUUGCUGUUUCUGGCCAGAUCGCUUCAAGGUGUCGGCUCCUCCUGUUCAUCAGUGGCUGGGAUGGGAAUGCUGGCUAGUGUGUACACAGACGAUGAGGAGAGAGGCCAUGCCAUCGGAAUCGCCUUGGGAGGUCUGGCCCUUGGAGUGUUAGUUGGACCCCCUUUUGGCAGUGUGAUGUAUGACUUUGUUGGGAAAACAGCUCCUUUCCUUGUUUUGGCAUUCCUGGCAGUCUUUGAUGGAGCUCUGCAGCUCUUUGUUCUUCAGCCUACCAAGGUGGAACCUGAGAGCCAGAAGGGAACCCCAUUGUUAACACUCAUGAAGGAUCCGUACAUUCUACUCGCAGCUGGUGCCAUUUGCUUUGGAAAUAUGGCUAUUGCCAUGAUGGAACCAACACUCCCAAUCUGGAUGAUGGAGACCAUGUGUGCUAGGAAAUGGCAACUAGGCAUUGCUUUCUUACCAGCUUCCAUAUCCUACCUUAUUGGAACGAACAUCUUUGGCUCGUUGGCACACAAGAUGGGAAGAUGGCUUUGUGCUCUCAUUGGAAUGGUGGUGGUUGGCUUCAGUGUUAUAUGUGUUCCAUUUGCCAGAGACAUCUAUGGUCUUAUUCUUCCAAACUUUGGUGUUGGGUUUGCUAUUGGCAUGGUGGAUUCCUCCAUGAUGCCUAUAAUGGGUUACUUGGUGGACCUGAGGCACAUAUCUGUGUAUGGAAGUGUGUAUGCCAUUGCCGAUGUAGCUUUCUGCAUGGGAUUUGCUUUAGGUCCAUCCAUUGGAGGAUCCUUAGCUGAGAGCAUUGGCUUCCCUUGGCUAAUGACCAUCAUUGGAGUUGUGGAUAUUUUAUUUGCUCCUCUCUGUCUCUUUCUAAGGAAUCCACCUGGACAGGAAGAGAAAAUUGCAAUCUUGAUGGACACAAACUGCUCAAUGAAGACAAGGUCCUACUCCACACAGGGGACAUACUACCAAGGUGACGACAUGGACCCAGAUAAUGAAGAUUAUGAUUGACAAGACGACAACCGUGUAGUGUAAUCCCUCAGAUGAUAUAUUUUGUUGUACAAAAAAAGGAACCUGGGGUAUAAAACACAAUAAAACAACACAGCCAAGAUAAUCCCAUGUCAAUGUCUCGCAUUUGGUCUUAACUGUUCUGUGUUCUCUUCACAGUUGUAUUGGAGGAAACCAAAAUUGUUCUUAAUAUGUGCUUUUUGUGAAAAGUGGUUUUAGCCAACAGCCUUAUUUAGUGAGAAAAUGUGUCAAAAAGCACUUUUCAGACAGUAUGGGCAACACGGAGGAUUUCUUUGUUUGUUUGUUUUAAAUACAAAAUAUGUUAAAAUUAAUGUUUUGGCCAUUGAGUUUCAUGUGUAUCACUGUCUAGAAAAUAUUAGCAGAAUUUGAUGUUUAGGUUGUUGUUAUAUGUGGUAUGUAAAUAAGGGUAAGAGAAAUGUGUUACAUUUAUUUGAAAUCCGUGCAGAAUUAGCCAUUGUUGAUAAAUUGCAAGGGGGCAGUAGUAGUAUCAUAAUUAAUCAUGCAUAUAAACCAAGAAUAUUAGACAUUUGGGGUUUUGUUGGACUAAAUACAUUUAUUUUCAGAAAAUAUGACUGAUCCAUUAAAAAGAGAUUGAAAAAAUAGUGCAAGACAGCCAGAAAACCUAAUUACAAUCAUUGCAGAAUUGUAAUUCUAUAAAAUGUUGUAUUUCCCUCUGUAAAUAUGGGGAAUGAACACAGACUAAAUAGAACGUAGCCCUGCUAUGGCCACAGCCGCUUCCAUAGCUCCAGCCUACACAACUUAUAAAUGAAACCCAAACUAAUAAAGGAAAGAUUGUCUACCUUCCCUGAACAAAGAUUAUGAAAAUAUUAUGCAUACUUCUAGCUAGAA